UUCCGAAGAGCAGCGACAGAUGGCAGAGAGAGGGAGGCUGAUGAGAAAUGAAAGAUGAGAUGGCGCUUCCAUGAAAUCUAGGGUUAGGGUUUCGAGCAGUGGAGGAACACGUUCGGGGUUGGGUUUUGGUCCGGGUCCGUCGAGAAGGAUGAAGUACUAUUACCAGCACCAGUCUCCCAGAAGCGCUUUCUUGGGCCUGAUCGUCCUCCUCCUUCCCGUUUUCUGCCCUAGUCUCUUCUCUCCGCUGGGCCAUGCCUAUCCUUCCAUCUUCUCUGAAUGGAAUGCUCCUAAACCGAAGCACAUGCCACUGUUGAAAGGUGCCUUGCAACGCCAACCGUUGGAUGAACAACAGUCCAAUCUCUGGUCCCCCUUGACUAACCAAGGAUGGAAACCAUGCAUUGAGUCUGCAAAUGCCCCUGUGUUGCCAAAGAAAUCACAGGGAUAUGUCCAGGUAUUUCUUGACGGGGGGUUGAACCAACAGAGAAUGGGGAUCUGUGAUGCAGUUGCUGUUGCUAAAAUUUUGAAUGCGACACUUGUGAUCCCACAUUUCGAAGUAAAUCCCGUAUGGAAAGAUUCAAGCUCAUUCGCGGAGAUAUUCGAUGUGGAUCACUUCAUUGAUGUCUUGAAGGAUGAAAUUUCUAUAGUUAAAGAUUUGCCUAAAGAAUACUCAUGGAGCACACGGGAGUAUUAUGCUACAGCAAUUCGAGCUACAAGAAUUAAAACUGCCCCUGUUCAUGCUUCAGCAAACUGGUACCUGGAGAACGUCUUACCUGUAUUGCAGAGUUAUGGGAUUGCUGCUAUUGCCCCUUUUUCUCAUCGUCUGGCUUUUGACAACAUGCCAAUGGAUAUUCAACGUCUACGAUGCAAAGUCAACUUUCAAGCAUUGACUUUUGUCCCUCAUAUCAAUGCCUUGGGUGAAUCCCUCGUCAGACGCCUGAGGUACCCAUCUAGCAAAGGUGCAGCCAAUGAGUACCCACUGGAGGCAACAAAUGAAAGCAUCAAACCGGCUAAUGGAAAAUUUGUUGUGUUACACCUUCGAUUCGAUAAGGAUAUGGCUGCUCAUUCGGCAUGUGAUUUUGGUGGUGGUAAAGCCGAAAAACUGGCUCUGGCAAAGUACCGCCAAGUUCUUUGGCAAGGGAGGGUCUUGAACUCUCAGUUCACCGAUGAGGAGUUGAGAAGUCAGGGGCGUUGCCCAUUGACCCCGGAAGAGAUUGGGUUGCUGCUGGCUGCUUUAGGCUUCGACAACAACACCCGCCUCUAUCUUGCUUCCCACAAGGUCUACGGUGGGGAGGCGAGGAUUUCGAUGCUGCGCCACCUGUUCCCGUUAAUGGAAGACAAGAAGAGCCUUUCUUCCGCGGAGGAACGGGAAAAGAUCGAAGGGAAGGCUUCCCUGUUAGCUGCGGUUGAUUACUAUGUGAGCAUGCACAGCGACGUGUUCAUAUCUGCGUCUCCUGGCAACAUGCACAAUGCACUGGUGGGUCACCGAACGUAUGAGAACCUAAAGACAAUAAGGCCAAACAUGGCAUUGUUGGGUCAGCUAUUUCUGAAUAAGAGCAUGGGGUGGUCUGAGUUUCAGCAGGCAGUUCGAGAGGGGCACAAGAACAGGCAAGGGCAGAUGAGAGUGAGGAAGGCAAAACAAUCCAUCUAUACAUAUCCUGCACCCGAUUGCAUGUGCCAGGUUGCACAUUAAGUGUCUAGAUGUUGUACUUUUUAAGGUUUGCUUGUAUGUGUGUGCGCGCGCGCUUGUGGUGUGCUGUGUAAUAUGAUUCGCUACCCUUUAUUGCUUUAAGCUGCGCAUAAUAAAGUAUUCCAAUUUCGAUGUA